GUGAGACAGUUCUAUGGCGGUGCUGUAAAGCUGUUUAGGCUAAGUCAAGUAAAUAUACAAACCAUAAACGUACCUUAUGGUGGGCCAACAAAAGCUGACAACCAAAAAUGAAGGAGCAGGAGGAGAGUCUACACCAGCCCGGAAAUGAGAGUAAUGGCAGGCAGGCCAAGAUCGUCUCAGGACUGGAUCGGCCCCAACAGACGCCACGUCCGCCUGGAGAACAAUUUCGAGCCGUACGCCGCCAGGUGGUGGCCGUCGUCCUGGCUAACAUCGGUGUUUUUUCCACUGGCAUGACCCUGGCUAUGCCAACCGCUACUUUGCAUCAGCUGAAGGACCCCACGGAACCAGUUCACCUGACCGAAACGCAGGGCUCCUGGUUCGCAUCGGUAAACGCUUUAUCGGCUCCCUUGGGAGGACUGCUCUCCGGAGUUUUGCUCGACAGGAUAGGACGCAAGCGGUCUCUUAUUGUCCUCAACGUGCUAACCAUUGCGGCCUGGAUUCUGCUGGCCACUCCCAGUCAAACUGACUCGCAGGCCUUUUUCUGGCAGCUCAUCGUCUCACGUUUCAUGCUGGGAAUCGGCAUGGGUCUGGCCAGUGCCCCGCCAGGAGUCUAUGCGGCCGAGAUCAGCGUGCCUCGGACGCGGGGAAGCCUCAUCCUGGGCACCUCCAUCUCAGUGGCUGGUGGCAUCACGAUACUCUACGGAAUCGGCUACUGUAUCCGCGACGACUUUCGGUUGAUAGCCCUGAUCUGCUGCGGCUACCAAUUGGUUGCUCUGCUAUGCGUUUUGCCCCUACCCGAGAGCCACUGCUGGCUUCUGGCCAAGAAGCGAGUAACCGAGGCCAAGCGGUCGCUCAAUUACUUCAGAGGGUUUAAUAAAUCAGAUGAGAUCACCCAUCCGCUGGUUUUGGAGGAGUUCCAAGUGCUGCAAAAGUCUCUACAGCAGCGGGACGCUGAGGUCAAGGAGUCCUUUUGGAGGAGCCUCAAGCAGCCGGAGGUCCACAAGCCCCUGCUCAUCCUGAUGUCGCUGUUCGCCUUCCAGCAGCUGACAGGCAUCUUCGUGGUCAUCGUCUACGCGGUCCAGAUAUCAUCGGAAGCCGGCAUCCAGAUCGAUCCGUUUAUGUGUGCUCUGCUGAUAGGAUUGGCCCGGUUGAUUACCACCUGCCCGAUGGGGUAUAUCCUGGAACUCUGGGGUCGGCGCAAGGCGGGAAUAAUAUCCACUGUGGGUAUGUCUGCCUGUAUGUUCCUGCUGGCCGGUCAGAGCUGGAGUGAAUUCCUUCAGGGAGUACCCUAUUUGCCAGUGAUAGCUAUUGUGGGCUUCAUUGUGCUGAGCACUUUGGGUCUGUACACCCUGCCCUUCUUCAUGAUCUCCGAGCUGUUCCCGCAAAGGGUGAGAGGUCCUGCGUCUGGACUCACAGUGGCCGUCGGCAUGUUCAUCUCCUUCGUGUGCCUGAAGACGUUUCCCGAUCUUAAGGAGGCUAUCGGCAUGCCCAAAUGUUUCGUCUUCUUUGGGGUCAUGGCCGUCUUGGCCCUGGUCUUUGUCUACUGGGCUCUGCCGGAGACCCGCCGCCGCUCCCUCCUGGAAAUUGAGGAGCAGUUCCGGACGGGGAAAAGCCGGAAACGUCAAACUCAGGCUGAUGUCGAGAUGCAGGAGGUCUUUGUCCGGAAAACAGACAACUGAAAUUUCUGGAAGCCGAAAGUCCAAAAGGACUGUGUUAACUUAAGUAGAUCCCCAUGUGUGCUUAGUACUGUGAUAGACCAUAACCAACAUUCGCAAAAUACAUAAAAACUUCU